UGCGGAAGCGGAAGUAGAUAGUGUCUGCCGGGAACUUUGCACCGAGCGUGAGUCCGGUGUGUGGUUGCUGAGAGAGAUGCUGGGCGCGCUGCGGGGUUUCUAAGCGGGUCUGUGCUGUGCAUCCUUGCGCUGGAGGACGGACAGCCUGCGGGGAGGACUCACCGAGUCUCUGCACUCGAGAGAAUGAAGGAGCUGAGAUCGUGUCAGAGUUUGCGAGUUCAGGGACCGCGCCCCGCCUUUUCGUUGGUGUGAAGGUCGGGGAUUAGGAAGAAAAUGUUUGAGAAACGUGAGUUGUGGUGUUAACAACCCACUGCGAUUCCGCUGCCUUUCCCCCAGAUUGCACGGAGCUGGGCCUUUCGUUGAUGUUUUCUUUUCGUCGACUGAGAAAUGUUUUGUUUUGUGCGUCUCCCCCUCGAUCUCCUUAUUUUCUGCCUCGCUGGCGAUAUUUUGCCUUUUCUUUUCCGGAUUGGAGCCGCGAUGGUGGACACAUCUCCUCCUUACCUUUUCUGGAGAGAUCGAGAUCCAGAGUCUUCCGUCUUAAGACAAAUAACGAUGUGGAGAUGUAGUUCUGUAACAAUCUCUACAUUUAAAUGCUGUGUCGAAAGAUCAGCCGGAUUUCGGUACCCCACUGCCAGUGGUUAGUGUUUUCUUUCACAGCCCAUUCAUUAGCUGUCCAUCUGUGGGGCAGAAGGAAACGUAAAUCCUCCUCCUUAGACAUCACUCAGUCACCGAGAUUUUACUGAUGUUUACCACAUUUAACAUUAAUCAUUUGAAAACCUUUGGUCUACCUGGUGAUUAUGGCAUCAAGAAAUGGCUGGUGUAUGGGAAGGAACUUCCUCUUUGGUUCGAGAGGUUGGAUGAUCGAAUAUUCAGCAGAAAUUUUCCUGAAAUCAAUUUCAUUGAGGCCUUUUAGUGUGAAAUGUUACAGUCACAGAGAGCCUUUGGAGAACGAGGACCUACUGAGCAACUUACUCACCAUGGGAGUUGAUGUUGACAUGGCAAGGAGACGACAGCCUGGAGUUUUUAACAGGAUGGCUACAAAUGAGCAGGAACUGAAAGUAUUCCUUCUAUCCAAAGGAGCCAGUGACAAAAUGAUUGGUAAUAUCAUAUCAAGAUACCCACGAGCCAUAACACGAAAUUCUGAAGGUCUUUCAAAACGGUGGGAUCUGUGGAGAAAGAUUAUGGCAUCAGACAUUGAAAUUAUAAAUAUUUUGGAACGUUCUCCUGAAUCCUUUUUUCGGUCUAAUAACAACCUAAACUUGGAGAAUAAUAUAGAGUUCCUCUGCUCUGUGGGAUUGACUAACGAAAGCCUCUGCAGACUGUUGACCAGUGCUCCUAGAACCUUCUCCAAUAGCCUGAAUUUGAAUAAACAGAUGGUUGAGUUUUUGCAGGAGACUAGUAUGGCCUUAGGUCACAAUGAUCCCAGAGCUUUUGUCAGGAAUAUACUUUCUAAAAAUCCUUCCAUCUUGAUUCAGAGCACCAAACGGGUAAAAGCUAACAUUGACUUUUUACAGUCAACAUUCAACUUAAACAAGGAGGACCUGCUGCUUCUGAUAUGUGGCCCAGGAGCUAGAAUCCUAGAUCUUUCCAAUGACUGUACCAAAAGAAACUACACUAAUAUCCGGGAGAAACUGCUCUCUCUUGGAUGCACUGAUGAGGAGGUACAGAAGUUUGUCCUAAGCUAUCUGAACGUGAUCUUCUUGUCAGAGAAAAAGUUUAAUGGUAAAAUAGACUGCCUCUUAGAAGAAAAAGUCAGUAUUUCACAAAUAAUUGAAAGUCCUAGAGUUUUGGAUGUAAGCAUAAAUACUUUAAAAACUCGAAUGAAAGAGUUGGUAUAUGCUGGGUAUGACUUGAGUUCAUCAAACAUUGCUCUCCUGUCCUGGAGUCAGAAAAGAUAUGAAGCCAAAUUGAAAAGAUUAAAUGAACAGUGUUAGAGGAGUCUUAUUUCCAGUUUGAACAGUUCGAAAUGAAAGUUUUGUUUAUUUUUUUAAUAAAUAUUUAAGAAAUGUUUAGGAUUACA